AUGUCGCUCCCGUUGCCGCAGGUGCCCCAACACCAGCCCGACCCCUCUGGGUGCCCCGACCCCUCGGCUGCUGGGCCUUCUCCUACACCAGCCCACCGACACCGGGCAAACCGGGACACUUCUGACCAAGAUUUUCCUCAAAAUUUUACGCGCUCACCUUUCACUGCGUGGGAAGCCGGAGGGGAGGCAGCCAGCCCCUUCGUGUUGCGGGCUCGGCGGUCCAUGGACAAAAGCGGGAUGCCCUGGCACCUGCGCUACCUGGGCCAGCCGGAGAUAGGCGACAAGAACCGCCAUGCGCUGGUGCGCAACUGCGUGGACAUCGCCACGUCGGACAACCUGACGGACUUUCUGGUGGAGAUGGGCUUCCGUAUGGACCACGAGUUUGUGGCCAAAGGGCACGUGUUCCGCAAGGGCAUCAUGAAGAUCGUGGUGUACAAGAUCUUCCGCAUCCUAAUGCCGGGAAAUACAGAGAGCAUUGAGCCACUCUCCCUCUCCUACCUGGUGGAGCUCAACGUGGUGGCACCAGCAGGACAGGACGUCGUGUCUGAUGACAUGAGGAACUUUGCUGAGCAACUGAAGCCUCUCGUGCACCUUGAAAAAAUUGACCCCAAAAGGUUAAUGUAGUUGAAAAGCUUUGUUGAGGCAUUGGUUUUGUUAGUGUUCCCAAAGAGGGUGUUUUUCUAAGAAAGCCUUUUGAGGGCAAACAGUAACAGGGAGAGGGGAAUAAAGGACUAUGUAUCAGUUUUGUCAGUUACAA